AUGACAAAGGUUGUGACCUCAUCGUGGAUGGGACGACAGGUUAAAUACAUGGAUACGGCCGUACUGAAAAUUGAAAGGGUGGAAGCUGGAACCAACCUGUACACCUGUACUCUGAGCUUCACCCCUCGGGGGCAUUACGGGAUCAGUGUCAGAGACCAUGAAGCAACGGUCUCAGGUAAAUACUCUUUGACUCCACAAGUGCGGGAACCGGCCAACGAAACAAUCAAGGCUCAGUUGGGGUCCAAUUUCACCAAGCGGUGCCUGGUAUUUGUGCCAAGUGUCGGGAAGCCCUCAGUUGAUAUUGUUUGGUGUGACGGAAAUAAAUACAUUUAUCAUCUCAAUACCAACCCCUCUGACCGUAUCUACACACCACAACCACGUUUGUCUAUGCAGGAUUUUCCUGAAGGUGCGUGGUUGGAGGUUCUGCUGAUUAUUUCUGAGCUAAGGGAGGAGGAUUUCCACAUCAACUACACCUGUCGAGCAUUCAGUGACAGGGGCACCCUUGAGGGAUAUUUCACUCUGCUACCCACAGAUCCCGACAUCAUCCUACCCGUUGGAUCUGUGCUCGGUGGUGUGACGGUUCUCUUUAUCAUCAGCGUCACCAUCUAUUACCUUUUUAAGGUUGACAUCGUGCUGUGGUUCAGGAAAGCGUUUCCUGUCCUCUACGCAAAUACAGAUUUGGAUGGGAAGCUGUAUGAUGCCUAUGUGGCAUACGCACAGCCCUGUGCCAUUGGAUUUAGCAAGGAAGUGGAAGAGUUUGCUCUUCGCACACUACCCCAAGUGUUGGAAAAUGCCUGUGGCUACAAACUCUUCAUAGGAGGCCGUGACUGCAUGCCCGGGAAGGCCAUAGUGGACUCAGUGGAGGAGAACAUACAAGCCAGUCGUCGCCUUCUUCUGCUCUACACCGCCUCUACUUUCAUCAGCAAAAGACACACAAGCAGCACUAGUAGCAAUAACAACACCUCUAAGAGCAGUGAUAACAAUGAAAGGAAGACAGGUGACAGCAUGAGUUUUGAUGUCAGUGAAGAGGUCUAUCCCGACUCAAGACAGCAGUUGGAGUGUGUGGCAGCAAUGCACAGAGCACUUCUGGAGGGAUCUCUCAAGGUAAUUCUUGUUGAGAUGGAAGAGAUCAGCCCGGCUCAGCUGGCUCUCUUCCCAGAGUCAGUACGUCACCUGAGGAAGAAGCAGGGUGCUGUGUGUUGGUGGAAGAACCUGAGAACAAGGCAAAGGUGGAGGACAUGUGUGAGGAGGAGAGAGGACGAGGAGAAAGGUGGACAGGACACACAGCUGUCCCCUUCCCUCUCCCCUUCCUCUAGGUUUUGGAAGGAGAUGAGGUACAGUAUGCCGGUCAGGGGCAAGAGGGCAGCGUACCCCGAGAAAACUGCCCUCCUGAACUUAUGAUGGGAAGAUGAACCAGAGAGCAGCUGGUCUCCAGUGCAAAUUUGUUUGGUACAGAAACCCUACACACACACAGACAAUUCAGAAAUACCGACCAAAAGCUGUGAAAUACAAGACCAGAAGCUGUGAAGUUCUCAGGUCCAAGCAGGGUCUGGCUUUUUAUUGACUCAGCAAAAUGCUCUGAGUGAAUUUAAGCUGGGCUUUUAUUGUGAAAGGUUAGACCCUGAAAAGCCUGCAUUCCCUAGCGUCUAGGAGAGAAGGUAU